GUCGGUGUUAACUACGGUACAUGUGUUAGGAUAAGACCCUCUAUCCUGGUGAUAUUUUUCCAGGCAGAAAUAAUUCACUUCCGGUCUCCAUUCAUUCAUCAUCACACAGUCACAAUACACGUCUACCAUCAGAAUGGCUGCGUGGUGUUGAAUGUGCGGAAGUCCUAUUUAUAUUUAAUCUUGCGACUCACAUCCACGUAUUUGAUGUUGUAGCAUUAGAUUUGUGUGCGUAGUCAACGAACCAUGGCGAAGCAGUACGAUAUUAUAAUUCGUUUACUGAUGGUUGGCGACUCAGGCGUCGGUAAAACUUGCAUGUUAUGUCGAUUUGCAGAUGACGAUAUCUCGUCCACUCACGUUUCAACAAUAGGAAUUGAUUUCAAAAUUAAAACACUUACAAUUGAUGGAAAAAAGAUACGUAUACAGAUAUGGGAUACAGCAGGACAAGAAAGAUAUGAAACAAUUACAAAACAAUAUUACAGAAGAGCGCAGGGAAUUGUUCUUGUGUAUGAUAUGAAAAAUGAAGAAUCUUUUAAAAAUAUUCAAAAAUGGAUGAAGUACAUUUCAGAUUUUGCACCAGAAGAUGUAGAACUUAUACUUGUUGCUAACAAGAGUGAUGCUUAUAACUCGGAAAGAAAGGUAUCCAAGGAGCAUGGAGAAAUGUUUGCAAAAGAACACAGAAUUCCAUUUUAUGAGACAAGUGCGUAUAUGGACAUGAAUAUUAAUGAGGCGUUUAUAAUGCUAGCGAGAAUAGUUAUGAAGAGACAUAAAAAAGAAAUUGACAAACAGAUGGAACACAUUCGGCUUUUCUGUCGAGAAGACAGCGAUGCCCACAUUAUAGAAAAACAAGGAAAGGACAAUAACGGCUGUUGUGUUUUAAUGUAAAGUGCAAUAGGUGAUUUUCCGUACAAUUGCGAGAUCUCACGAGAUGCAUGAAAAACGCGCGUUGAGCGCCUGCCGCAAAAAUCGAACUUCGACAGAGGAAUAUUGCUUCCGAAUACCCUUACUUAAUCGAAAUUGCCCAUCAUCAAAUGUGAACAGCACAUUAUUAAGCAUGGAAAUGUCCCCGAAAAUACUUUCGCGUUUGUCAAAUCUCACGCAAUGUUUGACGCCGCUAUGACCUUUGUUUGCCCUGUUUUUACGUUCGAUUUCACGCAUAACGCGUGAUUCUCGCAGUGAACAGAAAAUGGUCUAUUCAAUCCAGUUUAUUUAUUCUAACAUGCUUCCAUUGAUUACUUUGAAAACUGUUAUAUUUACAUGGCACAACCUGUGUUUACAACAGGUUUCGCAAGCUCUCCAAGCUAUCAGUAUUGUACUUAAAAAUCAAUCACACAAUAUCCAGUACAAUAUUGUCUUCUUGGAGUGUAAAUUUAUACGUAUAAGUGCUAUACCAAAAUUACUACACACAUUCCGCUCCAUAAUCUACUCAAUUCGACUGCUUUCGAAAAUAUUAUGGAACUUAACGUGCCUUUUAUUUCACAUGUUGCAAAGAUGUAUUGGGGAUUCAAAUCAAGUCAGCUGCCGAAUCAAUGAAAAUGUUGUCUUUGUUGAAAGCUCAAUGAGUCUGCCACAUUAUGAUAUAACUUUCCAACAUCUGCUUCCUAUAUUUCCUCAUAUGAAUUUUAUUUUCAGGUUUCACUCAGGUUUAUUUUUGCAUGGCAUAAUUAAUAUUUCUCACAGUACGGUACUUCAUUUUAGUGGUAUUACUUAAUGUGUGCUAGUUUAUAGUACUAAAUGUAAAAGUUAUUUAUUAGAGCGUAUGUGUGCUUAACAGAAGUAAGCUCAAUUUAUUUAUAUUUACAUGAUUUUUAUGGUUGUACUUGAUUUCGAGGUUUUAAAAAUGCUCAUUGUGAUGGAUUUGGUUCAAUACUUCAAUGAUUCCUCAAUGGAAGGUUGAGAAAUGACAAGCUGUGUGUAUUUACCAUUACCUGUUUUUUUUAUUACCAGGUCUAUUGUCAGUACAAAUACUAGGUUAUUAAACGCAUAUUUAUAUU